AUGCCCCAGUCGACAGGUGCGCCCAGUUUCCGCGGCCUGAGGCAGGAUGCCUCUCGAGCGUUGCGUCAGCACGACAAUCGUGUCGAACAACGGCACAGCGACGGUUGUCAAGGCUACGCGAAGACGUCAUCGACACGCCAUGCAGCUGCGCGUUGCGCCGAAUUCACGUCCGCAACACGCGCCGCGAGCCUCGAGGCCCUAGCGACGCACGUCGCCUCAGCCGCUUCUUCACCCCAAACGAGUUGGAUGAACCGUCUCGGCAACCGACCGACCGACCGCAGGACGAGUCGGGCGUCCGCCGGAAAGCGGUACCGCGAGCCGCCUGACGCACGCCUUCGACAAGCGGCGCCGCGUCAGGGCGCACCAGUCUCCGUGAGACUGGGCCGUCCGGGAGGCGGUCGCGGAUUGGUCGGACCGGAGGCAGUCGCGGAUUGGUCGAGUCGGCGGCGGAAGGAGGCGCAAUCCGUCCGGCCGACCUGCUUGCGGCCGCGACGCUCGCGAGUCCCAGCGCCGACCGGCGGCGCGGCCGACAGGGACUCACUCGUCGAGGCGUGGCGUGGCGUGGCGUGGCGCAUUAAUUGA